UCGCCCCGCCACGUGCUUGAAGUCUAGCAGUGAAGGUUGUCACUGCCAGCUAAAUGCCAUGUCUGACUCAAGCAAUUCAGAUGGGGAGGAGUCAAAGUUUAAGGAAGUCUGUGAUCCUACAUUGUGGAGGACAGCAGCUGAGAGAUAUGUGGUGGACACUAAUUCACCAAAGCAAGCUGCCAACCCCCAACACUGCAGUGAGUCGAGUGAGAGGCAGUCCUUUGUGUUGCUGGAAAAGAUUAAGGCAUCACUUGCUGCCAGUCGAACUAAGAAUGACAGCCCAUGGAGGGGCUGUGAUGGUUCUGGCUCACACAGGAAGGGAUCUCGGACAGUUGAUGUCAGCCGAGGCACUGUGGCAGCUCCCUCCACACUCUCCCCUUACCUGGCCAAGCAGCUCACUGCCAGACUGGAUGGGAGUGUGGAAUUUUACUCCAGCCAAGAAGAUCCUUCACCAGUAAACCAGGAUUGUGGCAGCACUAACCAGCAAAACUUCCACCUCCUGAAGAAUGUUUCACUCAUUCACCAGGAGAGUGAGACACACAGUGAUACACAGAAAAAGAAGAGGAAGAGAGUCAAGGUUCCAAAGAGACUUGCCUACAUUGUCAGCUCAGAUGAGGAGGAUCUGAAGACCAAGUGCAGUUCAGUGGCAGUGUCUCCUGAGUGGAUCCAGGCAGGGGGUGAGUCCUGCCCUCGGCCUCAUCCUAAGAAUGUGAGAUACCUUGAUGAGUACAGAGUGAAGGAGCACAGGUCAGAUGGAAGUAUUAUAGCUGUCCUGUGCUCUGCAUUGGAUUCCACUGACACUGCUAAAAGUGGCGGUAAAAAUAAGAAAAAGAAAGCCAAGGAAAGUGUAUCUAAAAAUGAAAAUGAUUCAGUGUGCAUAAAGGAAAAAGUUCAUGACAUCUCUCAGAAUGGUGUUGACAACCUAAAUUCUCAAAUGAAAACACAAAGAAAACAAACAAGGAAGAGAGGUAAAAAGAAGAAAAAGAAAGAAGAUAGUGAAAUUAGUACAUUGUAACUCAGAAAGAUUGCUGUGGUGGAAAAGCUGGAUGAUGUUCUCCCCUGUCUAAGUCAUUCUUCUGUCAUUUCUUUCCAUACGUGUGUGCAGUGUUGGUGUUAACUGCCUGUUAUUUGCUCAAUGGUUGAAUUAGGUAGAUCUCACUCUGUAUCAUGGCAUCAAUGACUCCCUCAAUGAUGGCUUCCAGCACUAGUGAAAGCAAGGAAUUCUAGAAGAAGCAAGUAGUUUUGAGGAGCUUGAUAGUUCUGAGCUGGUGAUUGAAAACAAUGGAUAAAAAUACCUCCCAAAAAGUGAUAUGCACCAUAUGUUUGUGGAAUUUUGCACAGUAAUAAGUAUGUGAUUGUAUUUCUGAAAAAAAAAAAAAAAAAAUGGAUAUCAGAGGACUGGCAGAAGAGAAUGCUUACUGAUGAAAGCAAGGCUGCCUCUGACCAAAUUGGGGCCCUAAGCAAUAUUUUAUUUUGAGGCCUCCCCUCCCCACCUGCUGCAUCUCUGCAGGUGCCUGCUGGCGCACCUCUGUGAUUGGUCAGAUGUUGAGUGCUAUCAAUCAUUGCAGCAACGCAUGUGCGGUCAGAUUACAGUUAUCUUUUCUCUCCUUCCUUAAACUGAUUUGGUGCUCUUUGCACACCUCAUGGUAGUUCAUAUACACAUCCAUUGUGCAUAUGCACAAAUGUGUCCCCUCAUGCAAAAUGUGGCCCCCCAUGGAAGAUGAGGCCCUAUGCACAGCAUAUGUUCUUUGUUUAGGGAGAGGUGGUCCUGGAUGAAAGUACUGCACACAUCUUAAAGAUGAGGCAUCCAAGCUCAGUGUGCCACCACUACCUCAAGUACACUAUUUAAAUAACUCCCAGAUCAAGUCAUGAGUUGGGACUACCUCAGUAGUAUAUUGAGGAAGGAAACAAUCUAUUUACUUCCCAAAAACUACAUAAUGAGAACUGACCAAUAUAUGAUUGUGCUUAAGGACCACAUUCUGUCCUUAUGGAAUUUAAGUUUGUGAUGUAUUUCUGGAAGAUGGCAUGCAGUAUUGUCCAUUCAAUAAAGAUAAAAAAACAUUCUUGCCAAAAACUUUAACUGGAAUAGCUUGACAACAACCUAGACUAUAUAUGUAUAUCCCACUGAAAAUUGCUGGGUAGGAAUGAAAUAAAUAAUCAAACAUCUGGACUUCAUCAGUUUAGCAGCUAAUCAGUGUUCAAAACUAUAUGGACCAUGGAAGUGGACCUUGCAUACUUCCAGAGCCUAGUCAACUGCAUGUCAGAAUGUCUCCAGAUGAUCUUGCAAGCAAAGAUCCAUAUCAUAAAGUAUUAAAAUGAAAAAAACAAACAAACAAACAAACACCAUACAAACUGGGCUCUCUGAAUGGGAAGCUCUGAACUUUCUAUAGAGGCUGUACUUUCAUCAAACCCAUUCUAGAACACUGUUGUUUGACCAAGAAGACCAAGGGAUGGGCUGGAGAGUGAGCUGCCAGAAUCCUUUCAUUGCUGCAAGACAAGUUUGGCCUACUACAGGGACCACAACACAAGGCCUGCCACCCUUUCAGCAGUAGCAGUUUGAUGGGAGAUGGAAGCAAGGAGUCCUCCGGGUCUGAAAAGAAGCAAAACGACUUUAUGGCUCCUUACCUCGGGAGAUAACCUCGGGUUGUUCUCCAGUAAUCCUUAUCCUGGGACGAUCCUUCGGGAUUUCUUUCCUGCCGCUGGUCUACACUGCCAAGUUUAUCAAUCGGUAUACAAGAGAAGGGUUUGGACUGGAUAAGGCUGAUGCGAGUUGGUGGAUUUGACAGGUGAUGGUGGAGGGAAGACGUGGGUAAAAUUUUCUUUCAUGAGGAAACGUUUCAAAGAUUGAAUGUUGGCUUAAUCAGUAAGGUGAUGGAAGUGUAUGGAAUAUUGCCAAGUUGUCCUAAGAAUGUUUUAACUUUAGCCGAUUCUUUAAAAAAAUAUGAAUAUAAAUUUGUAAUUGAGCCCUGUUUUUACUCGGGUCUGCAUCAGUGUCAUUUGGAUUGGUGUUACCUCCAGUGUGCUGCUGCUGCUGCUCCGAAGAUUUCUUGAUGACACGCUUAUUGAAUCUAGACCAUGUGAUCCUUGUGUGUCAGACUUGUAGAUUUGCUGUGAUGCAGGUUAAUAUAAGCUUCCUAGUGUUGUUAGAGUUCUGAGGACUCCCCAAAUCCAAUAAAAUUAUUUAUAGA